AUGGAAUCAGAGGAAUACAGGAGGAGAGGUAAAGAAUUGGUGGAUUAUAUCUGUCAGUACCUCAGCACAGUGAGAGAGAGGCAGGUAAUUCCAGAUGUACAACCAGGCUAUAUGAGAGCCCUAUUGCCUGACAGUGCCCCGGUGGAGUCGGAGAGUUGGGACAACAUCUUCAGGGACAUUGAGGACAUCAUCAUGCCUGGGGUGGUCCACUGGCAGAGUCCUCAUAUGCAUGCAUACUUCCCAGCGCUAACCUCCUGGCCUUCCUUGCUUGGGGAUAUGCUCGCAGAUGCUAUAAACUGCCUUGGAUUUACAUGGGCUUCCAGUCCGGCAUGCACUGAAUUAGAAAUGAAUGUGAUGGAUUGGUUAGCUAAAAUGCUGGGGCUUCCUUGUCACUUUCUGCACCAUUAUCCAGAAAGCAAAGGAGGAGGGGUGCUACAAAGUACUGUGAGUGAGUCAACACUGAUUGCUUUACUGGCUGCCAGGAAGGACAAAAUCCUGAAAAUGAAACUUUCUGAGCCUGAGUCAGAUGAUUCAAACCUGAAUUCCCAACUCAUUGCUUAUGCAUCUAAUCAGGCUCACUCUUCAGUGGAAAAGGCUGGCCUCAUCUCUCUGGUAAAAGUCCGGUUUUUGCCAGUGGAUGAAAAUUUCUCCCUUCGAGGAGAAACAUUAAGAGCUGCAGUGGAGGAAGAUAGAAAACGUGGGCUUGUUCCUGUCUUUGUUUGUGCAACACUGGGCACAACUGGAGUUUGUGCCUUUGAUAACCUUGCAGAGCUGGGACCAAUAUGUGCCAAAGAAGGACUGUGGCUCCACAUUGAUGCAGCAUACGCUGGCACUGCCUUUCUGUGUCCUGAAUUCAGAUCACUGCUCAGUGGGGUGGAGUAUGCGGAUUCUUUCACCUUUAAUCCAUCAAAGUGGAUGAUGGUUCAUUUUGACUGCACUGCUUUCUGGGUGAAAGAUAAAUACAAGCUGCAGCAAACAUUCACAGUCAACCCUAUCUACCUCCGGCAUGCCAAUAGUGGGGCUGCAACUGACUUCAUGCAUUGGCAAAUUCCUCUGAGUCGCCGAUUCCGCUCCCUCAAACUCUGGUUUGUCAUUCGAUCAUUUGGAAUUAAUAAUCUUCAGGCUCACAUCAGACACGGUACAGAACUGGCCAAGUAUUUUGAGUCUUUGGUUAAAGCUGACCAGCUAUUUGAAGUACCUGCCAAGCGACACAUGGGACUGGUUGUCUUCCGUCUAAAGGGCCCAAAUAUUCUGACGGAAAAGGUGCUGGCAGAACUCACCAAGUCGGGGAACAUAUUUCUUAUUCCAGCCACUAUCAAUGACAAGUACAUCAUCCGUUUCACUGUCACCUCUCAGUUCACCACUAGGGAAGACAUUCUACAAGACUGGAACCUCAUCAGAGAAGCCGCAAUCAAUGUUACCAAUUGGCAUCGAAGCACCAUGACCAGUGAUAAGAUGGUGAAUCCUCCAACCAUAGAAGGCGAGAAAGAGGAAGACACUUUCCAGAGAAUCACUGUGCAGCCCAAACAUGGGAAUUUCAGUCCUAAAGACUGGGUUGAGCAGAUACCGGAAGAUGACUUGGAUCCCUUUGAUGACUGCUUCCCAGAGAGUGUACCAGUGGCCAGCAAACAUAAACCAAUGUCAUUUAUGUAUCGAUAUUGGUCUAUCCAAGACAAGAAAAAGAGUACUCGUUCCCUUAGUUGUAAUAGUGUGCCAGGACAUAAUAAUCAAAGGGAGACAAUAGUUGAAAAGAUUGUACCACAAUUUGAACUUCAAAAAGAUGGUAGCAUACUUUCCAAGCUCCCAGGUAAGGUCAUGAUUCUAGAAAAAAAUGCUUUCAGGAAAUUAAUCAAGUUUUACAGUGUGCCCAGCUUCCCAGAAAUAAGCAUCCAGUGUGGUCUUAAAUUGCCCUGCUGCCCACUCCAAGCAUUAGUGUAAACUACUCUCACAAAGACUAUUCAAAUCUGUCGCAUACACACAGUGGACACAGCCAUUUUAGGCUACACAUUAUUCAAGCUGUCAAUUCACUAUGAUCUAAUGACAUCACAGUCUACGUCAUGCGUCAUCAUUUCAAAAUCUGCUGCAUAGACUACAUGCUCAUAAAUAUUAGUCAGAAAACAAAAUGGCUGUCCCCACUGUUAGUAGAUGAUAGGUUCACUUUAAUAUACCAAACAGCUAUAUACCAAGGGUACAUUGUAGCUUUUAACAUUAUAGUAUACCUCCCAACUGUCCUAAUUUCAGCGGGACAGUGCCACUGUCCCACCCAUGAACAGCAGUGUCCCACGUGCGGUCGGGAGGUUGGGGGAUACUCUGCAGAGUAUUCGGCAGCAGUGAAUGGAUGAGUAUGGAAGAGGCUGGGGGCAGCUGUCGAA